AUGAUGAAAAAUAUUUUUAAUAGAAGUGAUAAAAUAGAGUUUUCAUUAAAUAAUUUGAUUUUAUAUAAAACUAAUUAUAACGGUAAAGAAUGUAUAAAGAUAUCUAGUAGUAAGAUAGUUAAUAUAGGUGAAAUUGGAGAUAUAUUAAUUAAAUUAAAAUCUCUAUCACACAUUAAUCUAACACCGAUAUAUAGAAUAACACAACAUUCAAUUUUCACAAAGAAGUUAGUACCAUUAACAUCUAUCAGUAAUCUUUCUAAACAAUACAAAAUGUAUUUUAUAAUGAAAAUGAAAGAAGUAUUAGAAUUCUUACAUGAAAACAAUAUGUUUUGUAGAAAUUUAGUAGUUGAAGAUUUUUUUAUUGAUGAAGCAGGUAAUCCUGUUUUAGCUAACUAUUUUUCAGUUAGUUUUAUCAAAUCAGAAGACACCUUUGUUGACUUUUUAGCUCUUGAUAACAUUUCAAAGAGUUUAACAAACACACCUUUACAAAAUAUUGUAAUACCCGAGAUUUUUAAAACAAUUGAAGAAAGAUUAUGUAACUUUUCUUCUUUAUUAGAAGAUGAAAAGGUUAUGUUUUUGGAAUUAAUUAAUGAAAACAAAGAGAUAUUAAAUGAGUUUAUAAUAAAGAACAUAUUUAAUUUAUUAUUAAGUGAGCUUAAAACGGAACACACAAAGGAAUAUAAACUAAUCAUUAUGACAUUUCUUAAGGAACUUGAUCCAUUAUUAUUUACUGAGUAUUAUUCACAAUUUUUUAAAAUUCUUGAUUCGAAUGUUCGUUUGUUUUUAUUAAAAGACAUUAAAUCAGAAAAAUCAUUAGAAAGUUGUGUGGAUGAUUUGGCACUUGGGAUUAGAGUUAAAGACAAAGAAUUGAGAGCGGAAACACUUACGUUUAUAUUUAAAAACAGAAAUAAAUUUAGUAAAAAAUCAUUAAAUGAACUGAUUGAUUUAAUCACAGCUGUCAUAACUGAUCAAUCAUCAAUAGAAAAAAUUUGUAAUCAUUUUAUUGAAAAUAAGUUAUCACAUCCUAAACAUCUUUAUAAAAUGAUCUUUACAUUCUUAAAAUUAAAAGUAGCAACUGUAACAGUUUAUGACUGCUUAGAGGUUUAUUAUCAAGAUUUUGAUAAAUAUAAGUUAUGUUCAGAAUUAUUACCAUUGUUAUGUUCAAGACUCAGUGAAAAAGAAUAUCAAGACAAAUGUUUCUUUUUAGUAGAAAGUAUAGUUAAAGAUCUUAAAAACAACAAACAGUUGUUAGAGAAUAAAGAGUGGGGAAUUUCUAAAGUAACUGGGUUUUUAAAAAAAUCAUUUAAAUCAAAAGAUAAAUCAUUACAAGAAAAGAUCAAAGAACUUGAUGAAUUAGAUGAGGAGUGGGCAGAACAAGAUUUAUAA